UCUCUUCUUGAAGUGUGAAACGACUGUUUAAACACAGGAAGUGUCUGUUUUAGUGCACACAGCACUGUUAAAACUGACUAUUAAAGUGUCAGUAUGGGGUCCAGCGCACUGCUUCUCAAACUCUUGCUGAUGUCCCUCAUCUACUCUGGACUCAGUCAAGGUGAAACAAACGAUACUGGAACCUUUCAAGCUUUACCCAGAUCUACUCUGACUGUGACUCCAGACAGUCCUGUAUUCACUGGAGAGAAAGUCGAUCUGAAGUGUGUGAUUGAGUCUGAUCACAGUGACUGGAAAUAUGAGUGGUGGAAAGGAAACUCAAACAUUCAAGUGUCUCAGCGUUACACUGAAAACACAGACACUCUCACUAUUGAAGGAUCUGAAUCAUCUGAUGCGGGUCAGUACUGGUGUAGAGGACACAUAGAAGGAAGAUCAGUCUCAACACAAUCAAGCUCUGUUUCUCUCUCAGUGAAGGAGAGACCAGAAGCUGUAGUGAAGGUGUCUCCAGAUCAGCGUGUGUUCAGAGGAGAGACAGUCACUCUCACAUGUGACAUACAGAGAGGAGGAGUCAUUCAGUGGAGAUACAGCUGGUUUAAAGAUGGAGACACUCGCUAUCCAUACAGAACAACAACAACAGCAGAGAUCAGUUUCACAGCUGAAGUGUCUGACAGCGGUGAAUACAGCUGUAGAGGAGAGAGAUCAGACUCACAGACAUCACACACCAGUGCUGCUCUUACACUGACUGUAUCAGAUUUACCCAGAUCUACACUGACUGUGACUCCAGACAAAACAGUAUUCACUGGAGAGAGAGUGAGUCUGACGUGUGUGAUUGAGUCUGAUCACAGAGACUGGAGAUAUGAGUGGUGGAAAGGAAACACAUACUACACUUCAAUAUUUCAGUCGUCUGAGCGUCACACUGUAAACAGAAACACUCUCACUAUUGAACGAUCUGAAUCAUCUGAUGCGGGUCAGUACACGUGUGGAGGACAGAGAGAUAAAAGACCAAACUCAUCACAAUCAAGCUCUGUUUAUCUCUCAGUGACGGAUUUACCCAGAUCUACUCUGACUGUGACUCCAGACACUGCUGUAUUCACUGGAGAGAGAGUGAGUCUGACGUGUGAGAUUGAGUCUAACAGAGACUGGAGAUGGAGAAAUGGCCUGACAGACCGGAGAUAUGACUGGACACCUGACUGGAGAUAUGAGUGGUGGAAAGGCAGUGUAAAGUUACAGUCGUCUGAUCGUCUCACUGUAAACACAGACACACUCACUAUCACAGCAGUAACUACAUCUGAUGCGGGUCGGUACACGUGUAGAGGACAGAGAGAUAAAAGACCAAACUCAUCACAAUCAAGCUCUGCUGUUUCUCUCUCAGUGACGGAUUUACCAACAUCUACUCUGACUGUAGAUCCAGAGAGUCCUGUAUUCACUGGAGAGAGAGUGAGACUGAAGUGUGUGAUUGAGUCUUUCAGUGACUGGAGUAAGAGAAAUGGCCUGAGAUAUGACCAGAGCUAUUACUGGAGAUAUGACUGGACAUCUGACUGGAGCUAUGAGUGGUAUAAAGGCAGUGCAAAGUUACAGUCGUCUGAGCGUUACACUGUAAACACAGACACACUCACUAUCAGAGCAGUAACUACAUCUGAUGCGGGUCAGUACACGUGUAGAGGACAGAGAGAUAAAAGACCAAACUCAACACAAUCAAGCUCUGCUGUUUCUCUCUCUGUGACGGAUUUACCCAUAUCUACACUGGUUGUGACUCCAGACAGUUCUGUAUUAACUGGAGAGACAGUCAAUCUGACAUGUGUGAUAGACUCUAAUCACAGUGACUGGAAAUAUGAGUGGUAUAAAGGAGGAAACAACAGUGUAAAGUUACAGUCGUCUGAGCGUUACACUGUAAACAGAGACACACUCACUAUCAGAGGACUGAAUGAGUCUGAUCAGGAUCAGUACACGUGUAGAGGACAGAGAGAUGGAAGACCAAACUCAACACAGGAGAGUGAACGAAUAAAUCUGUCUGUUAAUGUCUCAGCAGCUUUAUCUUCUCUUCUGGUCACUGGUGUGGUUGUGGGAUCGAGUGUUUGUCUGUUGUUCUUCCUCUCACUGCUGCUGAUGUGGAGAUACAAGAAGAACAAAGAUCAACAGCGUAACAUUAACCAGACAUCAGUCCCAAAUCAAUCUGCUCAAUCUCAACUGGAUAACUUUCCUCUACAGUCUGCAGAUCCUGAUCACAUUUAUGAUGACGUGACUACAGUGAAAAAUAGAGAUAAAGAUGAUUCAGAGCCCUUGGCAGAUGUCACAUAUUCAGAGGUUAAGAAAAAGAUGGACAAAGAAGACACCAUUGCAGAUUCAAAUAAUGUGACAUACUCAGAAGUUGGAAAAAGAGUAAAGAAAUGCAAAAGUAAAGAUAUUAAUACUGCAGGACCCAGUGAUUUGACUUACGCAGAGAUCAAUAUACAGGACAAGAAGAAAACCAAAGGCAAAGGUGCUGGACUUUCUGAUGUUCUGAUUGAAAUGAAAUCUAAGGAAAAACACAGAGGGAAGAGCAGUGAGUCUGGAGACACUUUGUACUCUGAACUGAAGCAGAACACAGAUAGAGAUGCUGUUGCUGGAGUUGGUGAUACAACUUAUGCUCAAUCUAUUAGGAAGAAGAAUAAAACAUAUGCUGUUGCUGAAGUUGAGGAUGCAACUUAUGCUCAACCUAUUAUGAAGAAGAAUAAAAAACGUAAGAAUUUGCACUUGUUCCUGCAGAUUGUGGCACAUAUUGAAUAUUUUACAUUAUAAAUAUGUUUUAAGUGAUUCAGUUCAGUUGCGUGAGUAUCAGAUUAAUCAUGAUCUUAGAACAGUAAAUCAUCAGAAGAAUGAGCUCAAAUCAGAGGUGUCUGUUAUUCACAUCUCCUGUAUAAAUCAUCAUCUUUGAUCUGUUUAAAGGUCCCUGAGUUCAGAGAAGACACCAGACGACUAAAAGAGAUCCACACCAGCAGACACAGUAACGCUUGCAUUGCUUAAGAAAUGAAUCUGAGUAACCGGCUUAUGCACAUGCUUGAAAUACUUUAGAGAUAUGCACUGUAUUAUCUGUACACAUUUUAUGUAAGCAAACAAAUAUCUAUAAUAUUUAGUACAAUAUUUUCUCCAGUGAGCACUUAU